AGAAGCGUGUCUUCUCUGUUGAUCGGUACUAAAUAAACUGUCUCGCGUGCACCACAAACUACUUGUGGGGGCUAUAAUUAGUGGAGCUUUAUUUGUUGUGGUAUUUUGUGGGGGGGAGGGGGAUUUCUUGAAUAGGACUUGCUCUCGUGUUUUUUCGCGUACUCUUGCCAAGGGGAAAGAGUUUAUGGAGAACUGAAGGCUGAACCGGUUUAUUUCCUGCGGAUUACGAUUUCGAAUGAUUUACUGUAAUACCGAGGGAAUGUCGCCGUCUCUGUGGCUACUGGCAACGACAGACGAAACGAGGUGUCUCUUCCACCGGUAGGAGGAAGUUAUGGUGUCUUGUCGAAUGCGAUGCCUGUUGCCGCAGCCGUGGCACUGUGGCACCGAGCCCACCUCUACAAGGCGCUCGCCUGUGUCGUUCUCGCACUCAUUGCCUUGCAGUAUCUACUUAGCGGUGUACUUGACCGUCGCUCGCUCGAGACAAUAUUCACCAUAAAUACUACAAGAUAUGCUGACCACGCCUACAGAAGCCACCCCCAUGGCUUAAUAAUUUACGGUCUUGGAGUGUCACCAACCUAUCCACCAUCAACUCUGAAUAUCACUUCAACCGCUCAGCUAACAGUGGCAGCACCUCGAGACAUCAAUAAUGCUACGAAGCAGGAUAUGAAUGCAACGAGAAUCAGUGGUGUCUCAUCGGCUCCAAACGCCACAGACGCGUCGACUCCGCAACUAUGCCCUCUCAUUCCCCCCAAUCUUGUUGGACCACUGACAGUCAACAAAAAUCCCCCGGAAUUAUCGAAAAUGGAGAAGGAACUCACCGAUGUAGAAAAGGGCGGUAGAGGCCGGCCCUCGGACUGCACUCCCAGACACCAUGUUGCUAUAAUAAUUCCGUUCCGCGAUCGACCGCAACAUCUCCAGACGCUGCUUUACAAUCUGCAUCCGAUGCUGUUGAGACAACAAAUCGAUUAUCAGAUAUUCGUUGUUGAACAAGAAGGCACUGGACUAUUUAAUCGCGCAAUGCUGAUGAACGUCGGCUACGUCGAGGCCCUCAAGGAGCAGAAGUUCGACUGUUUCAUAUUUCACGACGUCGAUCUUCUGCCGGAAGACGACAGAAAUCUCUACACAUGCCCCGAGCAGCCCAGACACAUGUCUGUCGCCAUAGAUAAGUUCAAGUACAGACUGCCAUAUGCAGACCUUUUCGGUGGGGUCUCAGCCAUGUCAAGAGAGCAAUUUCGCUUGGUGAAUGGAUUUAGUAAUGUUUUCUGGGGCUGGGGAGGCGAGGACGACGACAUGGCGAAUCGUAUUAAAUCCCAGAACCUUCACAUCUCACGUUAUCCAGCGAAUAUUGCACGCUACAAAAUGCUCUUGCACAGAAGGGAAAAAGCAAAUCCCAGGAGGUACGAAUUCCUGAAGACUGGAAAGAAGAGAUUUCCAACCGACGGCCUGACGAACCUUGAGUACCAAUUGAUCGAGAAGAGGAAGCCCAAACUGUACACAUGGCUCUUGGUAAGGCUGACCCCCCCACAGCCCAGCUGAUGGUUACCCUGGAUCGGUUAAUCAAGCCGAAAAACCACUCAGAAAACAUCCAGAGUGACUUAAUAACCGACAUAAAGAGCUAUCACGCCCGAAAAUUAAGUAAAAAUGAAAAAACGAAGCUAAACGCACGUAAAAGAGUUGUUGAGUCACGUUGAGAUCUCGAAUCCCCUAUUUUUUUAAAGUCCCGUACACCUAGUGCAUUGAAAAAAGUAGUUGAAAACAGCUGAUAAAGAUGAUUUAAGAUUUAAAAAAAAAACGUGCCAAAAAGAGUAACAAGUGAAAGCAUAAGGAAAUGAUCAGUGUCUUAAGUCUUCGUUCAAGAGUGCUGUGGUAAAUCAUGUAAAAAUAAUCGUUAAUUUAAUUUAAUGAUCGAGUGAAUGUUCCUUCACCGCAAAAACGAAUGUCUGAAUUUUUCACACCUUCUGUAGCCACUUUUCAGUCAGACACUAAAAAAGAUUUGAAGAAAAUAAAAAUUUGUCUGAAUUUCAAACGUAAAUUUAAACGUUUAAGCAUUGGUUCGUCUCAAAAAAAUUUUUUUCAUUUUAUUCAGACGUUUUUUAGCGUCUGAAAAAUGUCUGCAAGAGACCUGUGAAAUUCUGACACUCGUUUUUCGCUGUGUUUGUCCUCUAUUUUUCGAUGAUAAUUUCGUUGAGCGAAUAAUUUCGAUUAAUCGUCCAAUGGUACGAACAGAUUGUUUUCUAAGGAGAUAUAUUAUUUUUUUGAAUGAAUAUCUGUUUAUUGUUAUUGUUGUGUGUGUCCGUGAAAACUGGCAUUGCAGUUUGAGAAUGAAAUGCUUGUGAGGAUUUGCAGCGAAAUUACGCUAGUGCAAUAAAUGACGAUGAGCAGGAUUAAUAGGCCAGAUUUGUCGCAUAAUAAUUGUUGGGUGAGUUGAGGGGGGGAAUUGUAAAUUUGUAGAAGGCCGAUUGUAUUUUUUUAUAUUUGUGAAUUCGCAGUGAAGAGGGAGAAGGAGAUCACAGCAUUCGUCUGAUUGUCAUCGUCAUUGAAUUUUCAAAUGAGUCGUUACAACUUGAUUGUCAAUAUAAUGUUGUUAUUUGGUUGUAUAAUUUUUUUUUGUUUUUCGUUGAGGGCCAAAUGAGGUUAAAACGAUUUUACCCUCAAUCCCGAACGGGCUGAAGGGUCGUUUGACCCUUAAAACAAUUUAGUCCUUGACUCGAAAGGGUCUUAAAGAUCAUUUGACCCUCAAAGCCAUUUGACCUUCAAUUCGAAACCUCCUCAAUGGUCAUUUGACCUUCAAAAUCAGUAAAUCCUCGACCCUAAAAGUGCUGAAGGGUCAUUUGACCCUCACAACAAUUUAACCCUUAACUCAAAACGUUCUUGAGGACCACUUAAACCUCAAGAUUAUUAAAGUCUCAACUUUAAACAUCUUUAAGGGUCGUUUGACCCUUAAACCGUUGUGAGUGUCAACUCCAAACGUCCUUGAGGGUUAUUUGACUCUUAAAACGAUUUGACCUUCAAUCCCAAAUCUCCUUAAUCGUCACUUGACCCUCAAGAUCAUUAAAUUCUCAACCCCAAAAGUGCUGAAAGGUCAUUUGGCCCUCACAACCAUUUAAUCCUGGACUCCAAACGUUCUCAAAAAUCGUUUGACCCUCAAAACCAUUUGAUCCUUAACUCAAAACGUUCUUAAGAGCCAUUUGACCCUCGAAACAAUACGAGUCUCAACUCCAAACGUUCUCAAGGGUCAUUUGACCCUCAAGACCUUUAACCUUCAUCUCCAAACAUCCUUGAGGGUUAAUUGAUCCUCAAAAUCAUUUGACCUUCAAUUCAAAACCUCCCCAAUAGCCAUUUGACCCUCACAACCACUUAACCCUCGACUCCAAACGCUCUUAAACAUCAUUUGACCCUCAAAUCAUUCAACUUUUAGAGCCAAUUAGACGAAUGUUGUUUUCUUUUUCAAUUCAUCAACUAGGGAGACCAACCAGAAUAUUAAUUGUCAACUAACUUAUCCUGUUGAGAUAUCGCUGUGUUUCCAUUAUUUGGAUUGUGGAUUUUCACAAUAGAAAUUAGAUUGACUUAGAUUGACAAUUUUUGUGAUGGAGCUUAAUGUUGAUAAUCUUCGUCUAUUGAUUGUACAGUUUGAUAUGAAAGAGAAUGAAGCUCGAUUUAUCGCUAUGUAGAACGCCACGAGACACAAAUAAAAUGAGUGAUGGCACUCUACAUAUCACGUGUGUGAUAAUUCUGCGAUUGACUGGAGUGAGAUGAUAAAUUCCAUUUGCAUUCCAAAAAUUAUUAAUUUUUAUAGUUAUUCGAACAAUUUUGCAUAUCAAUUGGAGAAUCAUUUGACAUUGGUCUUGAAAUCAUUGAUCUCAGAAUUAUCUGUUGUACAUAAUGCACCUGAUCGAAUUUUCUUGAUACUUAAUGGGAAAGUAUGAGGACUGCACUGGGAGAAAUUCAUUGUAUUAAAUGAACAGGUCGAAUUUCUGUCAGUGAAUGGUUAAUUAAUUGUAAUUAUUCUUCGGGUAGACGAUAGGAGACAUUUGAACUUCAUGAGACCAUGUGAAAAGCAAGAACUGUUCGAUUUUUCUUUUUUUUUUCAGAGGGAGAUAAAAUGAACUGUCUUUAUCGUCCAAUAUCUCGAGAUCGGCUGAGUGAAAAACCACGAUUUUCUUUUCAUUUUCAAGGAAUUUUCUCGGGCUUUAAAAUGAGCCGUGACUGAUCAAAAUCCCAUCGUUGGGCCAGGAGAUAUUGACUAUUCAAGAAACUUCCUCGAAUCUAAAUUUAUUUCCUGGAAUUUCUCUGUUAUUGUCAAUAUCUCGAGAUCGGCUGAGUGAAAUUACAUAUUUAUUCUUUCAUUUUUAAGGUAUUUUUCCAGGCUUUGAAAUGAGCCUUGACUCGUCUAAAUCGCAUCGUCGAGUCGUGAGAUAUUGGAGAUCUAGUGAGAUUCAUUUUACCUCACCUUCUCUCAUCGUCUUCCACCGAAUCAUGUGGAUCAGUCUCGUUGAAAAAUCGAUCGACAAACAUCAGCAAAGACAAAUAGUGAUCUUGGAAGUGAUUAAGAAAUUAGAAUAUUCCGCUAAGUAUUCAUAACUAUUAGCCUAAAAGGCAAGAUGAUCGUAGAUCAAUCAUUGAAAAAAUCAAUUACGAAUUCAGAAACUUGAGAAAUUCCUAAGACUACGAUAUGUAUGAAAAUCAAUAAAUCCUACACGAUAAUUAUAAACUA